UCAACGUCAAACUCUCUGCUGUCAGCGUGCGGCAUCGUAUGUUUCGGAUUGGAUGUGGAUUGUAGUGGAAAGUGUUUGUGCGUUGUGUGUUUGUAGUGAAGUGAUCAAGUGAUGGUGAGUGUGCCUGGGCGGUGAGAUGGCGGCCCGGUACUACGUGUGGGGCGCGGGGUCGUGGCGCGAACUGGACGUGGCGGCGGGCUGCGUGGCGGGCUGGCGGCGGCGCGCGCGCUUCGUGUUCGUGCGGCGCGGGCGGCUGCAGGUCGCGCGGCGCCGCGCCGUGCUGCGCGCGCUGGCGGCGCUGGCGGCCGGCCGCCCCGGCGCCGCCGCCGACGGCCCGCGCCUCUCACAGCUCAGGAUGUCCCCCGUGAGUGGCAUCAAGCUGAGGCCGCGUGCGAGGCGAGGGCCGGUGCCGCACUGUCACUGCUCCAUGCACCACAACGGUUGUGUGGAGCCCCCCUUGCCCGCGGCGCCCGGGCGGCGCGAGGCGGCCACGCAGUGCGCUACCACCGAGCGCAGCCUCAACAUCAACAUGCCGCCCGCCCCCGCGCCGCCCUCCAGCUCCGAGGAGCCGAGCCCGCCCCCCCCGCGCCGCGCGCUCCGCAACACCAUGUCCGAGGUGACCGCGCUGCUCGCCCCCGCGCCGCCCGCGCCCCGCCCCGCGCCCGUCACCGACUCGAGCCUGUCGGACGAGCGGCCGCUGGCGCAGUACGCGAGCGGCGCGGGUGGAGGGGGCGCGGUGAAGGAGCUGGUGAUCUCGGACGGCGACGUGGCGGCGCUGCGCGGGUUCGUGGCGCGCUCGCGGCCGUCGGCGCUGGCGCGCUUCGACGCGGACGCGGCCUACAAGUGCGCGCUGUUCUACGCCAUCAACCCGCUGGUGGAGCUGCGGCGCUGCGCCCGCCUCGAGCGCCUGCUGCAGGAGCGCCGCGACGCCGCGCUGCCGCACUUCGCCGCGCGCCUCGGCCUCGCGCCCGCCGAGCCUGCUGCCUCGCCCGCCGAGCCGGGACCCGCGCGCCGCCGCCGCCACCCCAGCGACUCCACCGACGCCGACAAGGAAAACAAGGAACAGCUUCCUUCUCCAAAGAAAGCCCGAACUGAACGUAGCAGUAAGAAUGAAGCGAGCUCUCCCGCUAAGCAAACAGCCCGCCCCUCCCGCGCCCCACUCGGCAGCCCCCCCGUCCGUACUACCAAGACAGAAGCGAGCGCGUCUGCCAAGCGCGUCCCCCGCCCCCUCCCGCCGCGCAGCCCCCCCGCGGACGACGCGCGGCUCACGCGCAGCAGCACCGGCGCCAAGCACUCGCCCAGUAAGGCAACGCACGGCGCCGGUGACGUCACCGCGCCCAAGCUUAACGGCGCCAAGCACUCACCUAGCAAGUCCGUCCGCGGGGCUGGUGACGUCACCGUCCAACCCAAGCUCAACGGCGCCGCGUCGAGCGACAGCGACGAGUGGCGGGACGGCAGCAAGGUGACGCCCGCGCCGCGCACACACGUGAUCAGCAAGCGGCCGUGCGGCUCGAAGCGGGCGGAGUACUCAAACCUGGAGGACCACGCCAUCGUGUCGUGGGUGUCGGUGGGCGCGCGCGCGUCGCUGGUGAACGGCAACGCGCUGUGGCGCGACCUGCAGGCGCAGUUCCCGCGCCUCGCCGGGCGGCCGCGCACGUGGCACUCGCUGCGCAACCGCUACCUGCGCUACAUCCUGCCCGCGCUCGCCGCGCUGCGCCUGCCGCCCGCGCACGAGAGCCGGCUGCGCGCCGCCGCCGCCACCGGCGUCACCAAGAGCAGCAAGGCGGAGAAGCGUAGGAACUCCAUAUUCAAGGAGGCGGAGCGCGGCGCGUCCAGCGUCCGCCCCCGCCCGCCCCCCUCGCCGCCCACACCCGUCGCCCCCGCCGCCGCUGCCGCCCCCAGCAAGGCGCAAGCUGCGCCUGCGGCGGUUACUACUAUUAAGAAAGAAGUACAGACUGAGUCCCGCACGCUGCGUCGCUCGCCGCGCUACUCGGAGAUGACGCGUCAGUUCGCAGCACGCCACGCCCCCCGCGCCGCCUCCAGCACGGACUCCUCCCCCGCGCCAUCCCCCUCUCCUGGUGGCACCACCCCCUCCCCGCGCGGGGGGCGAUCGCGGCGCCUGUUCAACCCCAACCGGAACGUCUGACGCAGCUGACUGCACACAUAUCAUGUUGUAGACGCCGCGCUGUUCCGACAACAGUGCUAUAAACUAAGUUAUUGGGAGAAAGGUGUUGAAGUGCUUGAGGUGACACAAACUGAGGAAUGUCUUGUAACCAGUACCGUGACUGAAUAACAAGUGGAUGCUAAUACUCGGCCCUCGGCAGAUAACUGACGCUCCGAAGCUAGCCAAGUGUUUUGUUCCUACAUUUUGAGUUACGUGAAGUCAGUAGUAGGCAACUCCGGAGCGGCAAAGUUAUUUGGCGAGAACUGUAAAUACUAUUUUUUUAUAAGUGAGUGAUACGUCAGAGUAAUGUAACGUUUGUAAGUGAGCAGUGUUGUACGACAUUCAUGUAUAAAUAUAUCUCGUCAUACUCAAUAUGAACAGUGCAUUAUAUAGAUCAGUUGCAUAUCAACUUAGAACACUUCUGGUGUGCUAAGUUUCAUUUAAAUAAGCCUGUGUGCCAAAAUCAGUGAAUAGUGAACAGCCGUGUAUGAGUGAGCUGGAUACCUAUUGUCUACUACAUCUACAUAGAUAAAGAUAUGUUUAUUGUCUGCUGCGUAGGUACUGUAGACCGCACAUCAGUGGUAACUGUCAUGCACCUUAACUCAAUAGUAAUAAGUACGAUUUUCCUAUAAAACUGUUACCACUGACCUGACGUUGACUGUACGACUGUCACAUGUAAGUCAUUACCUUUAUUUUAAUUUGUAUUUAUUGAUCUGUUUUUCGUGUAUCUGUAUGUAGCUUCAAGGAACUAAGGUCUAUAAGUAAAUGUGUAAAUCUUCCAAGUGUUUGCAUAUGUUUUGUAGUCAGUGACACAGACUCCUCCCUUUCGAACGGUGGUAAGACUCGAGCAAGCCUCUAACUUGUAGUCAAUAUGUUAUGUUUAAGUGUGUUAUCUAGCACUGUGGCCUGCUGUCACACUGCGUGAAGGACUGGCGCAAUGCUCUGGCACUGAUGUACUUCACCACUCGUCUGUUGUAAGCACACUGAUUGUAUUAAGUACGUUAAGUUGAGACUUGUUCAAAGAUUAUGAAGAUAUUUUCUAAUAAAUCGUUUAUUGUAUA